AAAAGAAAGUGGUCUCCAACCAACACCAACCCAUCUCUGUCUCUCUUUCCUCCUUUUUCUUUUCCUCUCACUCUCUCUCCCCCCUUCUCUUUAUAUUAAUAAUCUUCUCACACUCUUCAAAUUCAGGGCUCAACCUCAACUCAGCUCUCAAACACACAGAAAACUCACACACACAUAAGAGACACAUUUAGAGGUAGCCCCUUUUUGGUUCUUAUUGUGGCAAACAACUUCAAUUUGUGAUUCCUCUCCAACCCAACAAAACACUGACAUCAAUACACAAUACCAAUUUCUUAAUCCCAACAUCAAAUUAAUCAAUUUGCAGCUUUUGCCUGCAUCAGAAUAAUGGCUUCUCCACCAGACACAAGCAAAACCAUAAAGCUAGAACGUUACAAUAGCUACAUCAGAAAAGUUAACAGCACAAAGCUUCUAAACGCAUCUUCAAAGCUUCUUUUCCGUGCCACACUCUUAAUAGCACUCAUCCUUGUUUUCCUCUUCACCUUCAAUUACCCUCCUCUCUCUGAAACCGCCAACCACCAUCUCCACACUCAUUCCAAUUUCCUCGCAUCCGCAUUCGGCGGUGGCGGCGCUUGGGAACGACAAGUCCGUCACUCCGCAACACCGCGUCGUCCUAACGGUUUCUCCGUACUGGUAACCGGUGCAGCCGGUUUCGUCGGUAGUCACUGUUCACUCGCUCUUAAAAAACGAGGCGAUGGCGUUGUAGGUCUUGAUAAUUUUAACACCUAUUACGACCCGUCGUUGAAACGCGCGAGACAAGCUUUAUUAACACAACAUCAAAUAUUCAUAGCCGAAGGUGACUUAAACGACACGCCGUUGUUAACUAAACUCUUCGACUUAGUGCCGUUUACUCACAUCCUUCACCUCGCUGCACAAGCCGGUGUUCGUUACGCCAUGCAGAAUCCACAAUCUUAUAUCAAAUCAAACAUUGCUGGUUUCGUGAAUCUUCUUGAAGUUUCCAAAACCGCUAAUCCUCAACCGUCCAUCGUUUGGGCUUCAUCAAGCUCUGUUUACGGUCUCAACACUGAGAAUCCGUUUUCAGAACUUCACCGGACUGAUCAACCUGCGAGUCUCUACGCCGCUACUAAAAAAGCCGGCGAGGAAAUCGCGCAUACAUAUAAUCAUAUCUACGGUUUAUCUCUCACCGGACUCCGAUUCUUCACGGUGUACGGUCCAUGGGGAAGACCGGACAUGGCGUACUUCUUCUUCACGAAGGAUAUCCUUCACGGGAAAACGGUCGAUGUUUACCAGACGCAGGACGGGAAGGAAGUGGCGCGUGAUUUCACGUACAUCGAUGAUAUCGUGAAAGGAUGUGUAGGAGCGUUGGAUACGGCGGAGAAGAGUACAGGAAGCGGGGGAAAGAAGCGUGGACCGGCGCAGUUGAGAAUUUAUAAUCUCGGAAACACGUCGCCGGUGCCGGUGGGGAAACUCGUAUCGAUUUUGGAAAACUUGUUGAGCACGAAGGCGAAGAAACACAUCAUUAAGAUGCCGCGAAACGGUGACGUUCCAUACACGCAUGCGAAUGUAACAUUGGCUUACAAAGAUUUCGGGUACAAACCUACAACGGAUCUUGCAACGGGUCUCAGAAAAUUCGUUAAGUGGUAUGUUCGUUAUUACGGGAUUCAGUCGAGGCUAAAAAAGGAAAAUCACAAUGAUAAUGAAUUACCCGAGGAUUCCGCUUGAUUGCUGGCUUGGCUGGUUAUUAUUCUCCUUGCAUCACAUGCCUCUCAUUUUCAAAAGAAAAACAAACUUUUUCAUUUUUCUUGUUUUGCUUUGUUAAAUUAUUAUUGUUAUUAUUAUAAUUAUUUUUUCUUUUUGUUAAAAUGUUGUUAAUUAUUAUUGUGUCGGUCCGUGUGGAUGAGACUGACGGUGAAUUAAGUUGUUGAUGUGGCAAAUAUAGAUUUAUAUAUAUAAAUUUGGUAUAGAAGAAACAAGGACAUAAAUGUGAAAGAAACAGAAAGCAAAAGUAAGGAAAUUGAAGGAGGAAGUGUAGAUCUGUGAGUUGGGGGAAGGAAAGAAGGGAGGUGUAAUAAUGGUGAGUGGGGUCUAUUAACAAAGGUUGUAGAUCUCUCUUUUAUUCAUAAUAUAUUUUCAAGAAAAAGAAAUUGAAAGAAAUAAUGUUGUUAUUAUUGAUCAAAUAUUAUUGUGACAUAAAAACAGGCUAGCCUGUUUUUCUAUGGCGUUA